GAAGUUAAAGCCGAAAGUUCAAAAUGCACGAAGACUCAAAUUGAGCCAGUCGUAACGUCUACGCUCCGAGGACGUGAUACUGCUUUUGAAAAUUCCUCCCAUUUGAAGCCAGGCUCAUCAAAUACAAGCUUAUCAUUUUCUGCUUACAGAAGCAACAAUCGAUACCCGUUGCAUACACCUGCAUUUAAACGAAUAGAUUUUAGUGAUUUAAGUGAUGCGCUUGUUGAAGAGAGAAAACCUGCUUGGAAGUUAUGGCAAGAUUCUAUUAAAGAUUCUUAUUAUAAAGUUCGUAAAAAUGCCCAAAAAAGUGUUGAAGAAACAGCGUUUAACGAUUCUCAGUUAAUGAGACGUCGCGAGAAAAACUCAGUCAGUCCUACUGAAGAAUUAUCAAUUCCUAGUCCAUUUGCUCAAAGGUCAAGUCAUCUUGCAAGUAAUAUUUUAGGUCCUGUAGCAGCACCAGCUGUUUCCUCUUCUCAAGGUAUUGAAGAACGCUACAAUGAUAAAGUAAAUGAUAUUGAAGCACGAUUGCUAAAAACUUCAAUUUUACCAAAUUCAGUAAAGAGCAUUACUAUGCAUGAUUUUCGAAAUGGACCAAAUCCAGCACCUGGUAGCGUAUCUGAAACACUUAUCGAUGACACCGAUUAUCAAACAUUUUUACCGCGUCCAUAUUAUAGCCGUCCAAAUCGCAAUGAUCCAGAUUAUUUCGAUUUUGAUUUGCAACACUCUGUAAAUCUUUUUAAACGUCCUGAAGGCAAAUAUGUUCCUAAAGGGCCUCAGACGUGGGAAGAAAAAUUAUUGCGAGAAUCAAAUUCAAAAGGGGAUGCACCGCUAUCUGCCUACAUGUUUACAAAGGGUGACACUGAUUGGAGAACAGCUGGAACAUCUUAUCUUAGUGCUGCCCUUCGAACUCCAUCAUUUUGGGAGCAUCGAUUUGAGUCUAUUGGACGAGAAGUUCGUGAUAGCAAUCCAAUUUCAUUUGAUAGCCUUGCAAGAAAUAAACCAGUUCCAAAUCGUUUCACGGAGUACCAUGAUCCAGACUAUGAAGACUUGUCGGACUUUGAAGAUAAAUAUUGA